ACAAAGUUCAGUGCUACAUAGGCAUUAGCUUCAAUUAAAUUCUGAUUGCAAUCAAGAACCAAAGCUUGCUUGACUUUUUAGGUUGUGUUAAGUGCUUUUGUAAAUAUUGAAAAACUGGAGUACAUUGUAAUUAUAUUAUUGAAACAAUUUUGGAUAACACUGGAUGAAAGAGUGAUGGAGAUAACAACUACAAGUCUAGUAUAAUUUGCCAAGAUGCGACUGAAAUACUGUGACAUAGAUGUAAUUACUGCACUACUGGGCAUCAUUUUGAUACAAGGACUGCAGACUAUUAGUGCAGCUACAACUCAGGAUAUUGGUAACACUUCAACCAAAGCAGCUACAACGACAACAAAUGCAACUGAAGCCACAACUGCUUUUAGUAUAGAUAAUAAAACAACAACAGUAUCCAAUGUAGAAGUAGAUACUACAAAAGCUACAAUAACCAAUACGACAACAGUUAAGAGUGAAGCUGCUACUACUAAAGCUUCAACAAGCACUACAAAAGCUCAGGAGCUAAGCACAACAAAAUCUACAACAACUACCACUAAGGUUAUACCAGUUGAGGAGAUAGAUACAACUAAAGCUACAACAACUGAGGAAAUAAAUCCAACGGAAGAGAUGACUACGGUUAAUACAGAAGAAAUAACUACAAUGGCUAGUAUGAAUAAUACUUGCUCUUGUAAAGUAAUUCUUGGGUCAGUUCAGCUUACUAAAUACGAAGCAGAGUUGACGAUUGGAUGUUUGGCAUGUCUGUCUCUGUUGCUUCUAUUGCUGCUUCUCAUGAUUCCACUGUGGAUGGCUAGUAUGAGACUCAAGAAGUAGGCCAUGGCUUGUCAGCCCAAAUAUGCUCAUUUUUUACAAUGUAUGGUGUUACACAGGUCCAUUGACUGUAGAUCUGCGGAGUUGCGAGACAACAGGGUUUUUUGAAAUUGGACAAUAUAUUUGCAAUGUUCAGAAAGAGAAAGUAUUUGGUAGAAUCUGUUGAAAUGAGUGAUGGACUUGGGACUGGCUAAAAGUGUUCAUAUUAAAUUCUUGAGUAUUCACAUGAGAGAGAUGUUUAUUUUACAUUUAGAAAAGUGGUCCAUUCAUAUACUGUAUUACACCAAAUAAUCAAAAAAUAAGAAAAGCCUACUAAUAUCAAGAAGAAAAAUGUUUUAUGGAUUACAGCUCUUCAAAAUGUUAUCCAAGCUUUAGAAAGAAAGAUCUUAUUUAUGGUUACGUGAGAAGUUCUAUUUAUGCAACCUGGGCUGUGAGUAGUUCACUGAUGAUACCCAGGGUCUGUUUUUAUCACAACACUGAUAAUCACACACCACAGAUCUGAUAAUAUCUUCAUAUAUUGUACAUAAUAGUUUUAGUUUGUAAAUAAUUUCAUAAUUUUGAGGAAAACUGAGCCUAACUGAAAAUAUGGCCAAUUUUUUGGGCAUAUUAGAGGACUAAAUCCAUAAAUCUGUACCAACAGAUUAUCCUGGUAGUUUUGGAAAUCAUUUAUCAUCUUGAGGAUAUGACUCAGAUUGGGCUCUUAUCCUGAUACAACUUAACCUCACAUAGACAACAAAUGUCAUGAUGACUUGUAGGAUAUAAUACAGUAAAACGUGUCUGAUGUGAACAAAUUUCUGGGGGUCAUGUGAUAUAGAAUAGGCAAAAAAUGCCAGAAAAUCACAUUUUUUUGGUAUAACAGUGGAUUCAACAUAACUUUGAAAGGAUAUGUUGGUAUUGAUCCGUUACUAUGGAGACAACGGGAAGAAAUAGGUCAUGUAUAUUCAUGUAAAAGAAGUGAUCACAUACAGGAUUUGCUGUACACGUUGUGUUUCUAGAUGUAGUUGCAUCAUGUAGCAUGCAAGAAAAUAAUAAGAUGAUCCAAUUAAGGUGGUCCUUGUGGGAGAAUUUCUGGAUUGCACAGGAUAUCAGUGUAAAAAACAUUAGUAUUAACUCUUCUCAGCCUACCAUACAAUUAUAAGGUCACUGAAAACUCAUUGUUUUCUGGGUAUUGUUUUGGUUUGAGA